UCAUGGAAUUUUUCAGGCAUGAAUACUGGAGUGGGUUGUCGUUUCCUCCUCGAGGAAGUCUUCCCAACCCAUGCCUCAUGCAUCUCCUGCAUUGGCAGGUGGAUUGUUUACCACUGGGAAUGUUUGGGAAGCCCCAAACAUUCUACUUAGGCAAGCUCAAAUGACCUGAGAGACUUACCAUUUUCAAAGUUUUUUCCCUUGUAUUGUACUUUCCUUGUCAUUGAAAGGUCCAGACUCUCUCUACACUGUAUAAUCUGUGUAGCAUGUAACACUUGUCAGUAUUUAAUAUUAUUAAUUUCCUCAAAAAUCAAAAUCCAUCUCAUUCCCUCCUCAUUUCUUUCACUGUUUAAGUUUGUUACAUGCUUAGCUGGUGUCUAAAAUAGAGACAAAAGCAAAGACUGGGCAAACAUUGCCACUUUUAUCACAGAAAAUGUUUUCACAGCCACAAAUGAUGGGAUACCCUAAGAAAAUAAUUACAGAAAUUAAGGUGCAUAGAGCACAGAGCUGGAACCAAGAUGUAAUUAUCCAAAAAAAGGAGUGAUCACUAAGUAUUUCAAAUGGGGAAGAGGAAAUUAUGUUCUUAAAAUUCAUGGGGAAAAUUCAUACACAAAGUCCUCUGUUCCACCAUUAUCCUAUGAAGGGAGCCCCAGAGAAAUCAUCCCUGGAGGGAAAGAUACACAGAGUGGAAUUCCUGGUACAGAGUGCACUUCUCCUGUGAUGGGGAGUGGGAGGGGUCGGGGAAAGCCUCGUGGGCGUGGCUUUGCGUGGCGUCCAAGAUGACGUCACAAACAUCAACCGUAUCCCACGACACCAUGGGCUGAGCUAGUGCCAAUGGCAGCUGCGUCUGGUGAGGAAGCUUGCCCUCUAUACCCCUGAGGUAAAAGCCAUGGGAGCAGUAGAGAGUUGGAUGCCCUCGAACAGAGUGGGGCAUGCCCCAGAGGAGCCAGGUGCUCCUGAGGGGGAGGAGGAGGCCGAAGAGGUAGCAGGGGCAGUGAUAGAGGAAGGGGAGGAGAGUGAAAAUGCCAGACCCACCACUAGUCAAGGGCGCCACAAGCCGAAGACAGGCCCAGAAGGGCAGCUCACAAAAGCGACCCACAGGAAGCGAGCAAAAGACAGAUUCGAGUCCAUUUAUAAGACACUUUUUCUGAGAGGAGAAGGGAGUGACGUGCAGAUCCGUGCCCUGGGGGAGGAGUGGAACUUGCACAAGGUCUACUUGUGCCAGUCAGGAUACUUUGCUAGCAUGUUCAGUGGUGCGUGGCGUGAGACAACCAUGGAUAUUGUAGAGUUGCAGAUGCCUGACGAGAACAUUGAUUGUGAGGCACUGCACGAGGCUUUAGGUUCCCUGUACCGAAACUCUGUGCUCAUCCCACCCGGUCGAGUGGUCCCCAUGCUGGCCACAGCCAGCAUGCUGCAGCUGGACAAGCUGAUUCAGCAGUGCGGGGAGGUAAUGAAGGAGACGGUCAGUGAUCAGACCGUGUGCAGCUACUACUGCUCUGCUGAGAGCUACGGACUCCAGAACAUCAGGGCCAUGUGUCUUCAGUGGCUGCUGGACAAUCUAAUGACCCAGCAUAGUGAGGAGUUAUUGAGAGAAAUUAGCCUGGAUCUCAUGAAAGAGGUCAUUGCCUCUUCAGAGCUCAUCGUGAUGGAGGUAGAGAUGGAUGUGUACACGACGCUGAAAAAGUGGAUGUUCCUGCAGCUGCAGCCGACAUGGAGAGGCCCCCGCAGAGACCUACUGCCUGACGCCGACUCGUGGUUUGCCAGGUCCAGGCAGGAGUCAGAGGGCACCGCUUUCCUGGAGACCGAGCAGGGCAGAGCCUUCGUGCCAGCGUUCCAGCAGCUGCGGCUUGCCUACAUAAUCUGCGACCUGCCGUCAGCACGCAUCAUCGACCAGGAUGCACUGAUCCCUGCCACGUGGCUGGCCCCAGUGUACAAAGAGCAGUGGCUUGCCCUCCUCCGGGCUGAGCAGACCAGAGACCUCGGGCCCGUGGAUGUCUUCGUGUCCGACCUCCAGAGGACCAGCAUGCGGUGCGGGGGCCGGCUCCUCAGGGAUGCGCAGCGCACCUGGCGGUGGGCAGGCUUCAACUUCGGCUGGGACUUGGUGGUGUGCUAUGCCAACCGGCGCAUCAUUUUCAAGCACAGCGCGCUGAAGAAAUCUUGCGGUCUCGGGGUCAGCUUACUCUGGCAGAGAAAGGUCGCGUUCCGCUUGCGCCUGGCCUCCUUGGACAGGGCUGGAAGAGCCAUUUUCCGGAAGGAGACAGAAUUCCAAGUGCUUUCCCUGGGAAAGGAUGAAGAGCUAGAGGUGGUGAAUCUGGAGAACGAAGAUGUGGUUUUCCCCAUAUAUGUGACCUGUAAUUUCCUGUACCUCCCCAGAGAGGGGCGUUUUCCUCAGUGAGGACUCCUGAAAACAAAAUCUCAGAGAGGUGAGCAGCUCUUUCCCUGGGGUCAGGGACGACCAGCUUUGUCCAGAUGCCAGCUCCUUCUGCGGGACCAACCGGACUUGCCCACCUCUGGUGGCCCAACUCUGUCAGAGUCUUUGUUGAACUGUAGCUCAUAAUACUUGAGGUUGUUUACCUGAGCCUAUGAAGAGGAGAAAUUUUAAAGCCCUGCUCCCCCAACACCUUUAGAACUUAUUUGUGCUGUUAAAGUGGCAACCUGUCCUCCUGGUUUACCAUCCAUCAAUGCCCCCUCCCAUCAUUUCUGCCAAGUCAAAGACCAGUUGACUUGAGAGAGCAACCUGUGAACCUACCUACUCUACCACUGUUAGGGAAACUCUUUUAAAAUAUGCAUUUCCUUUAGCUUGAUUAAAGGAACGUUAAAGAAA